CGGGGGGUGGCGGUACUCGGCGAGAAAGGAGGGUGAAGAGCGAGAGACGGGGGAACGAGCGAGGACCUUUCCAGCGUCAUCAUUAUCGUCACACUCAAGUAACACCAUGCCCGCCAUCACUCCUCACUCAGCGCCGGGGAAGGGGGGCAAACCACGGGGAGGCCGACAGGAUCGCAGCGGGUGCCAGAUUCCGGGGCAAAUGAACGAUGCGAUCUCCACCGUCCAUACUGCCACUACCGACCGCCCGGGGGCACACCGUCGUUGUCACUGCCACAUGCGGUGGUGUUGAAAGUGUUUGCCUCCCCCACGGUGCCUGUUUCAGCCCUUCAAUCAAUCAAUCAUCAAUUGCCGUCUCCUCGCUCUCCAAUCUCCAGCGCUCGCCCCUCCACUUCCCCCUCCCCCCCCAUUAUUCCCAUCGAUUUCUCUCUACCCCAGACAGAUCGUAUCAUUAUCGCCCAGCAACGCUGUUCCCCCACCCCGGUGGGUAUUCCUCUGUGCGGUUGAGGAUCGACGAGGCGGCCUAUUGGAUCUCAGACUCCGCCCACGAUAGUGGCAUUUUCCGAGGCGUCCGCUUUCGAAUCUCACCUUCACAGCAACUUUGCCCGCCGCGACCAGUCAAAUCCGAUCGCGAACACCCCUCGCAUUGUCUCCAACCUUUCUCAACAUUAGAACCAAUCGUACCGUCCACUUAUCUAGGAGGCGUCUACAGCGCGGUUUCUGUUUACUGGAUAGAUCUGCUCAGUACUCUUCCUGGUUGAUCCUCUCUUCGCCACCCUCGCAACCUGCCCGGAUUUCGUUGAUGAGUCUACUUCACCGCUUGUCAACUCCCGACCACUACCUGACCUCUUGACCGUAACGCGGA